AAACGCCAUCUCAGAGGGACCGCCGGAGAAAGAAAUAGUUUUCCUCCAUGCAGGAUAAGAACAAGCCCCCAACCAGGAAAAGAGAUCAGCGUCAGCAAGCAGCAGAGUGCUGAGAAUUACCUGGUGACAAAUAAGACCAAGACAGCUGUCGUCAGCUUGGGCUGCAAAGAUGAAUUGAUGUCCAAACAGCAGGCAGAAAGCCUCCCUGAGCCAGCGCCUGGGACCUUCUUGGUGGUGCCCACUGAGGUGCCUGAGGUGCAAGCUGCGGGGUCUGUGGCCAAACUCCAAAUAGCCCAGCCAGUGGCUGUGAUGACCAAGCCGGGCAGGGCACCCUCCUCACCAGGAACACAGACCCAGCCAGAGAUUGAGCUCCUCUUGGACUUGCUGGAAAGCCCUCAGACCGUGAUAGGCCCCUGCUGUGACUGGUGCUCGGUGCGUAGGAGCCUGGUGCGCAAAUUCUCACAAGCCCACAGGGCCUUCUUGAUUCGUAAGGACUCCGUGGUCCCGAAGAAGAUCAGCUCUGCUCGACGGUCCUCCAGGAAGCUGGCCCUGGAACCAGCAGUCACAGGCUACAUCACCUGCCACAGCUACCUGGAGAGGCUCCUGGGUGUAGAAGUAUUCAGGAAAGCCAGCUCUGAAGAGGAGGUGAAGUGUGCAAGAGAAACUGAGCAGGAGGCACCUGAGGGCACCAGGAGAAGGCUGCACUCUCAGAACACAAACAAGAUUUCCAUCAGCAGCCCAAGGGCCCAGCCAGGGUCUGGAAGCCAAGCAGAUGAUGACAGUG